ACACCGCCCCGGGAGGCCGCGGAGGGACGGCCCCGGGCGAGCGGCCCGGGCCGGGUGAAACACGCCCGGCCGAGAGCUGCGGAAGCCGAACCGCGCCCCAUGGCCCGGGGCGGGUCCCCCAGGGUCCCGGGCGGGGGCAGCCCUCGGCGGAGACUGCUCGAAGUGGCGGCCGUGCUCGCCGGGCUGGCGGCCAUCGAGGGGCUCGCUGUUCUUUUCUAUAUUGCAGUUGUGGGACAAAAAAUGUGUCCUAAGGCUGUGGAAAACUACGUGGCAUCCAUAGUGCUAAGUGCAGUUGGUGACACGCUGGGCUAUUACAACGGGAGAUGGGAGUUCCAGCAGAGUGGCCCUGUCAUCCACAUGGAGCUGGCGCAGAUGGGGGGACUGGGCAACCUCAGCAUCCUGGGCUGGAGAGUCAGCGAUGACACCGUGAUGCACUUGGCCACAGCCGAAGCCCUGGUAGCUGCUGGGAAAAACCCAAGCUUACCACAUCUCUACACUCUGCUUGCCAAGAGCUACAAGGAGUGCAUGAAUGACAUGGAGGGCAGAGCUCCAGGUUCUGCAUCUGUGGAAAGCACCCAGAAGCUGGAUCCGGGGCRGCCGGAUGGCUGGAAGAUCCCGUUCAACCCCCGGGCAGGAGGCUGCGGGGCUGCCAUGCGCGCCAUGUGCAUCGGGCUGCGUUUCUACCGGCCCGCUCAGCUGGACACCCUGGUGCGAGUCAGCAUCGAGAGCGGCCGCAUGACCCACCACCACCCCACUGGCUACCUGGGGGCCUUGGCCUCAGCCCUCUUCACAGCUUAUGCAGUGAACAGCGUGCCCCCCYUGGCCUGGGGGAAGAGGCUGAUGGACGUGCUGCCACAGGCAAAAACCUACGUGCAGGAGUCUGGCUUCUUCGUGAAGGAGAACAUGGAACACUGGUAUUACUUCGAAGAGCAGUGGAAAAAAUACCUGGUGGAGAGAGGCAUCUCGGACGGCGUCUCAUCGCCCACGUUCCCACCCAAAUACGGCGUGGAAGARAGGGACUCGUUCUACACCUCGCUCAGCUACAGCGGCUGGGGGGGUAGCAGCGGGCAUGAUGCGCCCAUGAUCGCCUACGAUGCCCUGCUGGGCGCGGGGGACUCCUGGACAGAGCUGGCUCACCGCGCCUUCUUCCACGGGGGCGACAGCGACUCCACUGCUGCCAUCGCCGCCAGCUGGUGGGGCGUCAUUUAUGGCUUCCAGGGGGUUCCCCUCUCCCUCUAUGCCCACCUGGAGUACAAGGACCGCCUGGAGAAGGUAGCCAAGGAUUUGUACCACAUCAUAUAGGUGGGAGAUGGCAGGGCACCCACGGGCACACUUACCCACUGGCUCUCCUGUCUUCUCUCGCUUGGUUUGCAAACCCUCCGGAUUAAAUCUCCUGCCUAUAAACCAGAGCCAGGCCUGCCUUUUCUGUGUGUGUGUUGGCUUCAGUUGGAAGGCCAUGUUGGUGCUAGUUAGGGCUGGUGGUUUGAUGGGAGCACACCAUGGUCUCCUGAGAUACCCCUCCUGCACUGCAGGGUGGCUGCACAUUGUCUGGUCCUCAAGAGGAGCAGRAGCAUCCACUGCAGCCCUGCUGAUCUUGCUGCAGCAGCAGGACAGACAGCAAAACACACUCAGGCUGCCCCAAAACAGUGUCUUGCCCCUAUGAUGGGAGCGGGGGACACAAGCAGCCCACUGUGUCUGGGGACAACACAGCUUUCUUUAUAGAAUUACAAUGUAGAAAAAAAACCCAAUCCCAAACUUAAAACUAUGUGAGCAGUGCAUUUUGCACAAUUCCACAGCACUUGUGCAAUAAAGGUAGGAAUAAAUCAUGGUACUUCCCUAUUUCAGUGAAUGUGGGAGUUUAAAACUGCUGACCAGAUCCUUACUUAAUGUAGAAGUGGGUAAUGAGAAUUAACAGGUUGCAUUUUACAUCAACUUCUGUAGUGAAGCAUAUUCUGCUUUCAUCAAGGUUACUAAAGGUAAUUUGCUUAACAUUUGCUAUGCAUAAUUCUAUUAAAAUAAGGUUUUUCUUCAAAUCCAGACUAUGACACAGCGAAGUACUUACUGUUUUCAGAACAAUUUCAAAAACAGUGUAUCCCAUUCAAUAAAAAGACCUGACAGGCCGCUAUUAAAUGUUGUAUUCUAUUAUGGCAUGAGUUAAGGAAUGCAAGUGGCAUGUAUCAAAUCAGAGGGUGCCAGGUGUCUGCAAGUUCCAGCUGCAAGAGCAAGGAGAUGUGCUACCGGUGAUAGGGAGAGAAGUUAUUGCAUCAAGGAGUAGGGCAAUGGGAGAGGGAAAGGCUUUCCAAGAGGAGGGCCAYAGCACACCUUUAUGCAGGGAGUGCACAUAAAGGCAUAACAAAAGCCCAAAUCUGACAAAAACCAGCAGCAAUAGAAUUCACAAUUUCAACACAGUUUACUACAGAUCUUGGGUGUGUUGUAUAAAACAUGUUUUAGUGCAACAUCGUACAAAGUUUUUGUUCGGUUUUUUUUUCAUUUUUCUUUUUUUAAAAAUCCCAAACAUUUUUCCACAUCAUGCAUGGACAGGGUCUCUC